AUGGAUAAUCGAAGUAAUCAAAAUUAUUUUGAGAAUAAUAAUAAUAAUAAUCACGAUGUUUGGGUUAGUGGUUUUAACCCUGAUAACGGUAACCUAAGUCUUGUUUCUCAUUCGAAUUGGCAAUCAAGAAACAUUAAUCAAUAUUCAGUUCCUAUCCAAAACUCUGUCGCCAAUAAUCCUGGUGAAAAUAAUUUAGUUUAUCAAAACCCUAGCGAUAAUAAUUACGCUCAUAAUAACUCGGUUCAUAAUAGUUUCGUUAGCCAGAACUCUGCAAACAACAAUUACUCUCAUCAAGACACGAUUCAUAAUAAUUCUAUUUAUCAAUAUUAUUGCAACAGUAAUUUUGUUCGUCAAAAUAAUCUCGCUAAUAGUAUUGUCAGUAAUAAUCUCGUUGACCAAAUUUCAACUUCUAAACGACCUCAAUAA